CAUGACGGAGACCUCCAGACCCGCCUUUGCAGGCCGGCGAGCUGUACCCCGCAACACGUCCAAUGGGGCCGAGAAUGAGCUGCCCGAGAAGGAGCUGCAGGGCCUGGUCCCCAGGGGCUUCAACCCGCAAGACUACCUGCACGUGACGGACGUGCACCUGUUCAAGGAGCAGUGGGACAGCAACAAGGUGGACCACCACACCGACAGGUUCGACAGUGACAAGCUCAUCGUGCGGCGUGGGCAGACCUUCUACGUGCAGAUCGACUUCGACCGCCCCUACGACCCGCGCAGAGACUUCUUCAGGAUUGAGUACGUCAUCGGCCGCUACCCCAUGGAGAACAAGGGCACCUACAUCCCUGUGCCCCUCGUCCGCGAGCUGCAGAAGGGCAAGUGGGGGGCCAAGGUGGUGCUGCGGGAGGGCCGCUCCGUGCGCCUGAGUAUCCAGUCCUCGCCCCAGUGCAUCGUGGGCAAGUUCCGAAUGUACGUGGCUGUCUGGACCCCCUACGGCAUCCUGCGGACCCUCCGGAACCCGGCCACCGACACCUACAUCCUCUUCAACCCCUGGUGUGAGGAGGACGCCGUGUUCAUGGACGAGGAGAAGGACCGAGAGGAGUACGUCCUCAAUGACAUCGGGGUCAUUUUCUAUGGGGAAGCCAAGGAUAUCAAGAGCAGGAGCUGGAGCUAUGGGCAGUUCGAGGACGGCAUCCUGGACGCGUGUCUAUACCUGAUGGACCGGGCACAGAUGGACCUGUCGGGCCGGGGGAACCCCAUCAAGGUCAGCCGCGUGGGCUCCGCCAUGGUCAAUGCCAAGGAUGACGAGGGCGUGCUGGUGGGGUCCUGGGACAACGUGUACGCCCACGGGGUCCCGCCGUCAGCCUGGACCGGGAGCGUCGACAUCCUGCUGGAGUACCACAGUUCCCGGAGCCCCGUGCGCUACGGCCAGUGCUGGGUCUUCGCCGGUGUCUUCAACACCUUCCUGCGAUGUCUCGGGAUCCCGGCGAGAGUCGUCACCAACUACUUCUCGGCCCACGACAACAAUGCCAACCUGCAGAUGGACAUCUUCCUGGAGGAGGACGGGUCGGUCAGCAACAGGCUCACCAGGGACUCCGUGUGGAACUACCACUGCUGGAACGAGGCAUGGAUGGCGAGGCCGGACCUGCCCGUGGGCUUCGGCGGCUGGCAGGCCGUGGACAGCACCCCCCAGGAGAACAGCGACGGCAUGUACCGCUGCGGGCCGGCCUCCGUGCAGGCCAUCAAGCACGGCCACAUCUGCUUCCAGUUCGAUGCCCCAUUCGUCUUCGCAGAGGUCAACAGUGACCUCGUCUACAUCACCGUGAAGAAGGACGGCUCUCACGUGGUGGAAGCCGUCGAUACCACCCACAUCGGGAAGCUGAUUGUGACCAAGCAGCCUGGAGGAGAUGGCGUGAUGGACGUCACCGACACCUACAAGUUCCCAGAAGGCCAGGAGGAGGAGCGGCUGGCUCUGGAGACGGCCCUCAUGUACGGGGCCAAGAAGGAGCUUUCCACGGAGGGCGUGGUCAAGCCCAGGUCUGACGUGGACAUGGACUUCGAGGUGGAGAACGCAGUGCUGGGCCAGGACUUCAAGGUCAUCAUCACCUUCCAGAACCACAGCGCCAACCGCUACACGCUGUCCGCCUACCUGUCGGGCAACAUCACCUUCUACACGGGCGUCACCAAGGCGGAGUUCAAGAAGGAGAGCUUCGAGGUGGCCCUGGAGCCGCUGUCCUCCAAGAGACAGGAGGUGGUGGUCCGGGCGGGCGAGUACAUGGGCCAGCUGCUGGAGCAGGCAUCGCUGCACUUCUUCGUCACCGCCCGAGUCAACGAGACCAAGGACGUGCUGGCCAAGCAGAAGUCCACGGUGCUGACCAUCCCCACGCUCACCAUCAAGGUCCGGGGCACCAGGAUGGUCGGUUCCGACAUGGUGGUGGCCGUGCAGUUCACCAACCCUCUGAAGGAGCCGCUACAGAACGCCUGGAUUCGCCUGGAGGGGCCCGGCGUGCUCAGGCCCCGGACCAAGUCGUUCCAGGAGAUCCGGCCAGGCGCCACGGUGCAGUGGGAGGAGGUCUGCAGGCCCUGGAUGCCGGGCCCCCGCAAGCUGAUGGCCAGCUUGACCAGCGACUCCCUGCGGCACGUGUACGGGGAGUUGGACCUGCAGAUCCAGAGGCGCCCGCAGGCCUGAGCAGAGCCGCGCCCGCCCUGCCCAGGCCCCUGCCCAGGCCCCAAGCUCCUGCUUCGCUGCCGCUUCCCCGCCCCGCACGCUCCGGCUGAGCCCAGUUAAGCCCUAACUUGGCUCCGCAGCUCACCUGCCUGGGAGUCGCUCCCCAGGGCUCCCCAGUGACGGGCCCAGAACCACAGCCCGGCUUCGCAGGGACGUCAGGGGUCCCGGCAGGAGGGGAGGCCGAGGUGUGCGGGAACAGAACAGAGCAGAGAGGGGGUCUGUGGGCAGGAGCAGCCCCUCACUCUCUGCCUGCACAGCCCUUGCUAGGCUCCAACCACGGACCAGCCCUGAGAGCCAGACAUGUGGAUGUGCCCUCGGGCGGGACCGUGACAGGCUGGCCGGGUCAGGCGGGGGCGGCCGAGUCAGCCCUCCCUGCCUUCCCGGCCCCCCAGUCCAGGCCGAGCCCCUCCCCGCCCUCCCGGCCACACGCAGGCAGGUGCUGCCCGCUUAGCGCGGCCGUCCUUACUAACCGAGUGU